AUGGCACGUUUACUCCUGACCCCCAAGCCAACAUCACGCAUCCUUUUGGCUUCCAAUCGUCUCCCAAUCACAGUGAAGCGGUCUGAAGAGGGUGAGUAUGUAUUCUCCAAUGGAUCUGGUGGCUUAAUCACCGGGCUUCAUGGGCUUUCGAAGGCUACCACAUUCCAGUGGUAUGGCUGGCCAGGGCUUGAAAUACCAGACGCAGAAACUGCCUAUGUUUCUGCACGACUGAAGGAAAAAUUCGGGGUGAUUCCGGUGUAUCUCAACGAAGCACUCGCCGAGCUGUAUUAUAAUGGCUUCUCCAGUAGGAAAGCACUCUCUCAUUUCACCAUAUUCGUUGACAGGAUGGCAGAUUCUAUUCUUUGGCCAUUGGUGCAUUAUCAUCCCGGCGAGAUAACUUUUACGGAAGCCGGUUGGGAGGCUUACAAAACAGCUAAUCGAAAAUUUGCUCAAGUACUUGCUAAAGACGUUGAGGACGGUGAUCUUGUUUGGAUCCAUGAUUACCAUUUGAUGCUUCUUCCAGAGAUGCUUCGUGAAGAGAUAGGGCCAGAGAAAUACAUUAAGAUUGGCUUCUUCCUCCAUACACCAUUCCCAAGCUCCGAGAUAUACCGUAUACUUCCGGUCCGCAGCGAGAUCUUAAACAGCGUGUUACAUGCCGACCUCAUAGGCUUUCACACUUGCGAUUACUCCAGACACUUCUUGAGCGCCUGCUCUAAUAUCCUGGGUGCAAGUACAACCACACGCACGGUAACGUACAACGAGAGGACGGUCGGAGUCGGCGCCUUUCCAAUAGGCAUAGAUCCCGAACGGUUCCGUGAGACUCUUGCUACCCCACAGGUCCAGCGACGCAUUGCGGAGCUUCAGGAGGAAUUCGAAGGCAAGAAGGUCAUGGUCGGCGUUGAUAGAAUGGACUAUGUCAAAGGUCUGCCACAAAAGCUGCGAGCAUUCGAGAUCUUCCUUGAAGAACACCCCGAGUUCGUUGGGAAGGUGAAAUUCAUUCAAAUCGCAGUCCCGUCUCGGGGCGAUGUUGAAGAGUAUCAAAACCUCAGAGCCGUUGUCAAUGAAUUAGUCGGUCGUAUCAACGGGAGAUUUGGAACAUUUGAGAAGACGCCCAUUCAUUUCAUGCAUCAAUCCGUAGCUUUCCCCGAGCUCUUAGCAUUGUAUGCUAUCUCUGACGUCUGCUUCGUCGCUUCAACACGAGAUGGGAUGAACCUCGUUUCCUUUGAGUACAUAGCUUGUCAACGUGAGCGGCGUGGUACACUUAUUCUCUCGGAGUUCGCAGGCAGCGCAAAGAGCUUGACCGGAUCACUCAUUGUCAAUCCAUGGAAUGUGUACGAAAUGGCCCGAGCAAUCUAUGAAGCCUACCACAUGGAGCCAGACGAGAGAAAAGACCGAUACGAGAAGAUGGACGGGUAUGUGGAAAAGUUCACUAGCGCCUUUUGGGGCAAGACUUUUAUAGAUGCGCUCACAAAGGUAGGCAAAGAUGAGCCAGUGAUGGAAGAUAGACUUUGGAUGAACCCUAAGGAACGUAGUAUUGAUUGGCGAAGUUACGAUGGGCAGUAA